CUUCGGCAAAGUAGCAAUGUAUGGGUUUCAUCUUCGAGAUCAAAUUUGAGGAGCAGAGACGGACAUGUAGAGGAAGGGAUGGAAAACAACUCUUUUUGACAGUUUAUUUCGACUAGAUGAAGUAGGAAAGAUUUACGUAAAGGCCUAUGGAUGGAGCUAGAAAAUAUUGUCGCCAAUACAGUCUAUCUCAAGGCAAGGGAAAGUCGUGUCAAAGGAAGAAGCAAAAAAUGGAAGACCAUGCUUCAGCUUCCACACAUCUCUCAGUGCAAAUACUUGCGUAACGAAAUCAACAUAACAUACGACAGGGUAUGCGAAAAAGAACCUAUUGGUCGAGAACUGUUCACAGAGUUUUGUAACAGAGAUCCAAAGCUGAAACUGCUUGUUGCAUUCCUAAGAUCUGUGGAAAAGUUUGAAUCAUGCCCAGAUCCUUCAAGAGACGAAAACAUAAAACAUGUUAUGGAGAAAUAUUGGUAUGAUGAGGAGUCUCACGAGGUCCUCAAGUCAAUUGUUAGUGAAGAUAUUUUAGAAGAUGUGAAAAGUGCCACUUCCAAUGGUCCAAGUAAUACGUUGUUUGAGAAAUGUACCAGUGAGGUCAAAGAUUUUCUCAGAGAAAAGCCUUACAGAGAAUAUUUAGAGAGCAUGUAUUUUAAAAGGUUUUUACAGUGGAAAUGGCUGGAACGGCGACCAGUCACAAAGAGCCUGUUUCGGCACUAUAGAGUUCUCGGAAAAGGAGGCUUUGGAGAGGUUUGCGCGUGUCAAAGCAGAGCAACUGGGCAAAUGUAUGCAAUGAAGAAAUUAGAAAAGAAGCGAAUAAAGAAAAGAAAAGGUGAAGCUAUGGCUCUUAAUGAGAAGCAGUUGCUGGAAAGGAUAGAUUGUUUAUUUGUUGUCAGUCUUGCUUAUGCACAUGAAACAAAAGAUGCCCUCUGCAUGGUGUUGUCCCUCAUGAAUGGAGGGGAUCUGAAAUUCCAUAUUCACAAUCUUGGAAACCCAGGAUUCGACGAAGAUAGAACUCGAUUUUAUGCUGCAGAAAUCUGUAGUGGAAUAAUGUAUUUACAUUCUAUUAGGAUUGUUUACAGGGAUAUGAAACCAGAAAAUAUACUUCUUGAUGAUAAUGGACAUACAAGAAUAUCAGAUCUAGGUUUGGCGGUGUAUAUUCCCCAAGGUGAAAUGGUCAAAGGAAGAGUUGGUACUGUUGGAUAUAUGGCCCCAGAGGUUGUUCGAAACGAAAAGUAUACAUUUUCUCCAGACUGGUGGGGAAUGGGUUGCCUGAUUUACGAGAUGCUUGAGGGCAGGGCCCCUUUUAGAGCACGAAAAGAAAAGGUUAAGAGAGACGAGGUCGAAAGGCGAGUGAAAGAAGACAAAGAAACGUAUUCUUCAAAAUUUACUGAUACAGCUCGAGAUAUUUGCGAGCAAUUCCUCCAAAAGAAUCACACACAAAGAUUAGGUUGUAAAGACAAAGAUCAACAGUCAAUCAAACUUCAUCCAUUUUUCAAGCACAUUGAUUGGGCUAGCCUCGAAUCUGGCGAAACAGAGCCUCCAUUUAAACCUGACCCACGUGCAGUUUACUGCAAAGAUGUCUUGGAUAUCGAGCAAUUUUCAACCGUUAAGGGUGUGCAGAUAGAUGAAAGCGAUGAAGAAUUUUAUAAAAAGUUUGCCACUGGUUCUGUUGCUAUUCCAUGGCAAAAAGAGAUGAUAGAAACAGAAGUUUUUCAAGAAAUUAACGUUUUUGGGCCACACGACACACCAACCCCUGACUUGAUUGGGGAUGCUCCUCCCGAGGUCCCGGAAAAGAGCAGUUGCUCUUGCUGUCAAUUUUUAUGCAAAAAGAAGAAAAAGCAACGCAAAUACGCACUGGAAUCUGAACCCUCAACGAGUAGUGGUUAAAUCCGUUUAUUUGGUGUUUGGUAUUAUGAUUGCUAGCAACGACGACUUUUGCAGGCGAUUGACGAAGAAGCUACCUUUCUGUUCAUACACGACUCCUGCG